AUGAGUGAGCGAGGGAGGGAGAGAGGGAGUGACUUGCACCUCCUUCGUUUUAUGUGACAGUCCAGCUCCACUGCCUCGCUCUCACACACUCUCUCUCUCUCUCUCACACACACACGCACUUUCUCUCUCACACCGUCUCGCAUCCCCAUCUCUUCAUUUCUGCACCGGCUCUGCUUCUCUUCCCUCUUUUUGUUUAUUCCCCUUCAUUUCCUCCCUCUCUGUCCUCCUCCUCCUCCUUCUCCUCCUCCUCCUCCUCUAUCUCCCUCCUCUUCAUCAUCAUCAUCUUUUUAUUCUCCAACCUACGACAUGCUCCUCACGUGAAGUCCGUCAACUUGCACAGCCGGUGGAUGUAAGCCGGGUGAAGAAAAUAAAGAGCAACAAGAAGGAGGAGGAGAAGAGGAGGAGAGAAAAACAACAGCCUGAGGCGUAAAUGCUCUUUCGGGGGAUAAGAGGAGAAAAUACGCACGUUUGAAUCUUUCAUUGAACGUUUUGGACGGAGCAACAGUAUGGAUCUGUCAUUCAUGGCUGCGCAGAUCCCGGUUAUGACCGGAGCUUUCAUGGACUCCUCACCCAAUGAUGACUACAGCGGCGAACACUCUCUCUUCAACUCCUCGGCCAGCGUCCACGCCGCUGCCUUGGCUGGGUCCGUACAAGGUCAGCAGGAUGAGUCGCAGUCCAUGUCCAGCGACGCCAUCUGGCUCUGGAUCGCCAUUAUCGCCACUAUUGGAAACAUAGUGGUAGUGGGCGUUGUCUACGCCUUCACUUUCUGAUGAGCGGAUGCUUAUAAAGACAAACGUGUACAUGUCCUGGUUCUCCUGGAUCUCUGGGCCCCUGAGUGAGACCUUGCUUUGCAGACACACGUUCACUCUCUCUCUAUCCAUCUAUGUCUCUCUCUCUCUUUCUAUCUGUCUCUCUCUCUUGGCUUUCGGAUCAGUUCGGGGCCCUGAGGCUUUGGAGGUCGUGAUACCAGACAAUGAAAUAUAGACUGCUAUAUUUCUUCACCAGAUGGGAGGACUGGGACUUGGCUACGUUUGCCGUCAACAUUUGGAAGUUGGAGAAGAAGCUUUUGCAUACAACAGCUCUUUAGUUAGAAACAGAAACAACCGACCUGCGCUCUCAACCGGGAAUCUGAGGAACUUUUUUUUUUCAGCUUAAGUUUGUUUCCAUGUUUCAGACAACAGGCUCACUUGUACUGCAGAGUGAUGAACGGGGAGUAAAUGGGGCUGAAGAUUCAGGUUGAUCUGGGCCAUCUUAAACAUGCACCGCAUACUUGCUAAGCAGUGCUGUUUAAUUAUGUGGCUUAAGAGAUGGGGAAUGUUAAAACAUUUAGAAAGCACAGGGAUUAUUUUCAUGUCAGGCAGCCCUACGGGCCGGGAUGUCGGAGCUCAUUUAAGGACUCAUUCGUGGAUGAAGCAUAGUUUGGACACUGAUCAUUAGUGUAUAUAAUAUGUUUCUCAACAGAUUGACUGACGGGAAACUCCCUUUGGUACACACUUCAAAUCUCAAUCAAAUGUUUUCUGCAAGGCCAACUCAAUCAUACACAUGAAUGAUGACUUAGUAAUUAGAUUCUGUGUAAAGCUAAGUCAGCCCUUUUCAAAUGAAUGGACUUAUUGUCGAAUACCUACAGUGUUAUCUACCAGCGAUUAUUAGAAAGUAUAAUUGUAAUGUCAUGGUCUGUUCAGUUAUGUUUAAAUAUUAUCUACAUAUGUUAAUUAAAUAUAAUUAGAGGCACAAAUUUUUUGCUUCUUCACCUUUUUUCAGUAUAAGUCUUUAAAUCACUUUAUUUUUUCCUUACUUAGAAACAAUUACCGUCAGCAACCGAAAAUAGAAGUUCCCGAUAUCACACAUAUGUCAGGGCAGUUGUGGAAAUAUGGUGAAGUGUGUGCCUCUAAAAACGUUAUGUAACACUUGCCAGAUCUCGAGUGAACUUUGCGAUACACGUGUGUACCAAUGUGAGUGGGAAGUGAUGCCUCAUUUUGAAAAUGAAAUUUGGUUUUUAUAUCAAGCUCCGGCUCCGUAAAUUAGUUUUGUGUUACUGUGGAAUCUGGAGGCAGCUGUCUCCAUGGCAACUAAUCCUCAUCCUAAUUGGGAAUCAUAACCUUUCUUUCAGUCUCAAGCAUAACGCUGCAGCUACAUAUGCAAUUAAAGCAUUCUCAAAGAAAGAAAAUACAAGACACUGCAUUUGUACUGCUAUUAUAGCCGGUAGAAAUUGGCUUCAAGUCUGCUAAGUGACGUUUUGUGCUUUGCUGACAGUUUUCUCCCCUUUUUAUGAACACGUUCGACGAAGGAAAAGUGGAUAAAAACACUUGUUUUCCCCCUAAAUGAGCAAAUUGUUUCAUCUGUCGACUUGUAAUUCUUUAUCUCUCAAACUGAUUGAUCUUUGUAUUUAGAUGACGAGUCUUUAGAGAGUUCUUUAUUUUAGUGAAAUACUUCUCCUGGGAUUUAGACGACAAUGUCAAUGUGCUUUAGAUUAAUAAUAAUACAAACCUGUGUAAACACCAUAUCUGUUCAAAUGUUCCUACACUGCAACAAACAAGGCCAGCUUAUAUCUACUGUAUUAGGAAAGGCUCAGACACACACUAAUCCCUUGUUAUUAUGUUUGUAUGCAAUGUUCAAAGACUUUUCAAGCCAGAUAUUUUUAAUAAAUGGUUGAUGUAGAAAAUAUUUAGACAUGUAAACCUCAAACUCAAAUGCUCCUUUUGUAAAGACCUGCUUCUCUUAAAACGUCUGUAUCAGUGCACCUUGUUUUUCUCUGUUGAUAAAAGAGUCAUAUGUCAA